AUGCAAGGCAUCUCGCACCCUAACUGGAAGCGCAUUGGAACUCCCAGGGCUAUUGGUGCUCUGUUGAACGUGGACAAAAAACUCCCAUCACCUAUAUUCCCGAUAACAACGGAGCCAAACUCUGACUGUGAAGACAGCAAUAAUGCAAGUUCAACGGUACCCAUACAUGCUCAGGAUUCAAAUGAUAAUGUUGCCCAGGAAUCUACUAACUCCAAUGACACCUGGGCUAGCGAGGAAUUCAAGGCCCAGCUUGUUUUGAAUGUGACCCAAGCACAGCGAGAUGUUUGCCUGGCAGAGAAGACACUCGCAGACUCCGUUCUCAAGCAGAAUGUUGCACUUGGGAAACUCUAUGAGUUCGAGGCUACAGAAGCUGAGAGGAAAUUGGAGGAUGCUGAUAUCGACAUUGGUUAUGUACACCAUUCGGUCUGCAAAAGUGGAAUCACACUGUUGGAGGACUUUGCUACUAGUAAACCUCGAAAACACUGUCGCAAAUCUACUAGUCACGUUGAUAGUGAUACACUCAGCCCGGAAGUAGAUUUAGCUCGGCCACCACCACUGGCAGAAACAGGAUCUCCGAGCACAACUCCGAGUCAAACACUCGAUUAUGAUAUGGUGUCCAAUUCUUUGGGCUUCAAGUUGUGGAACUGA